GCAAUAGAAACAAAAAAAAACGGGAUGAAAAAUGGCGAUGUACACAAACCGAAUUGUGCGCUGCUCGAAAUCGAAUCCAUUUUUCUCGGUGUUAUCGCGUAAUUUCGGUAUUAGUUCCAGUGCCCGCAAAUGGUACCAACACCCGACCGUACGGUACAUAUUUUUGGUGAGUGGUGGCUUGCUCGCGUUCACAGCAGCAACGUAUCGAAAUCGUCCGAAGGUCUAUGCGCUCCAGCUGCGAAAGGAUGAAAUUGCGGACAAGGCCAUUAAGCUUACGGCUCGUGAGCGACGCUUCAUCAAGUUUGCCUCGGUCGAGUUCGAUGGACAGAUUUACAUGACGCCGCAAGACUUUCUGGAGUCGGUUGUCGAACAGGAGCCACGCCCGCGGCUCAAAAGGAAGUCAUUAACGCAUGGCGAGAUUCAGCAGCUGAAAGAUUAUACGCCACCGUUGAAGCACGGUUCGUCGCAGCUUUUCCGCAGCCUUCGCGACAAAGGCAUAAUUUCGUACACCGAAUAUCUGUUUCUUCUUUCCGUACUUACAAAACCUCACUCUGGUUUCCGCAUUGCCUUCAAUAUGUUCGAUACGGACGGAAAUCAACGAGUGGACAAGGAUGAGUUUCUUGUGAUUCGUCAGCUGCUCGGAGGAUCGCUAAAGGAUCGUGAUCUAGAUGAGGCCACGCGUAAAGCUCUGCUGCAUCUUGUGUCGACCAGUGCGCAAGCGAGAUUUUUACUGAAAAACUAUCACGAUCGAAAGUCGCAAACUACUGUCGCGGAACAGCGCAAACCUGGUCAAACGGUCGCUGCGAGCGGCACUGAUAAAGAUGUUGAUGAGGGAGAAACAAAAACGCCACCGGUCAAGGGUAUCACGGCACGAUUAAUGGAGAAAAUUUUCAGCUUCGCCUGGAAGGGAAAGCGAGGAAUUGAAAGUAAGGAAGGCGAAGAACCGGGAGAGCAUGAUGACUACGUAGACGAUGAACAAGGUCUGCAGCGAAAGCAUAAAGUCGAUACAACGCUGCAGAUACACUUCUUCGGCAAGAAGGGUGACAAGGAUCUGCAGUACGACGGGUUUUACAAUUUCAUGAAGAACCUCCAGACCGAGGUACUUGAGCUGGAAUUUUGUGAAUUUUCAAAGGGCCACGAACGCAUCUCGGAGGUGGAUUUUGCAAAGAUCUUGCUCCGCUAUACCUAUCUGGAUACCGACGAGUACGACAACUAUCUGGACCGUCUACUGGACAGAGAGGCCAAAGAAAAGGGCGUAUCGUUCGACGAGUUCCGACAGUUCUGUCAGUUUCUUAACAAUCUGGAUGAUUUCUCGAUCGCGAUGCGUAUGUAUACGCUUGCCGAUCAACCGAUUUCAAAAGAUGAAUUUUCCCGUGCGGUUAAAAUAUGCACCGGUUCCGAACUGAACUCGCACCUCAUCGACACCGUGUUUGCGAUCUUCGACGAGGACGGUGAUGGGUUACUGUCGUACAAGGAAUUCAUCGCCAUCAUGAAGGAUCGCGUACACCGCGGAUUCAAAUCGAACGUCAAAUCGGAAGGAUGGGAAGCAUUCAAACAUUGCCUAAAGCAGGAAAUGAAACAAAACGUCUAAAAGGCCACUUUGCACAACCAACUUUGCUUCUACUAUCUGCCCUUACAAUCGACGUUUGCUGCCGAUGUUAUCUUCUCUCCUCUCGUAGGCAGUGUAGCUAAUUGUUUUAUGAAAAUGUUAAGCAUUUUAAAGUAAUUUAUUUAGUUAGGUGCCAAUCACUAACCUACUCGAUAAUGUUUUCUACACCUUAAACCUCUACUCUACGCUUACGAACAAAGUCGCCCUGCUUAGUGCCAUAAUGGGUAUAAAAGAAACACUACUGUCCGAUCUCUUCCCGAUGUGUUGUUGUUUCUGUUGUGAGAAGCAUAUUUACAUUCAUAAACGGACACACAUUGUUUAGAAAAUGGUGUGCACUUGUUACUUAGUAAAUAGCGCAACAUUUGUUUAGCACCUUUGGGAGUACGUUUUAUCUGUUAUUUGUUGGUCACGUGUUUCGCUAAUCGUUUGCGCUUCAAAGCCAGCAACAUAAAAAGGCUUUUUGUUGAUGUUGAUUCUCUAGUUCGGUACAUAUCGAUGCUUCAAAAGCACACACACACUCGAAAUCGAUAGAACAAUGCUAUGAUGGCUCUUAAGUAAUGUUGAAAACAUACUUUAUAAAUUAAAAAUUAUUCUUAUUUAAAAAAAACAAGCAAAUGUGUGCUCAUGUACUUUCGUUCUGCUUUUAUACGUAUAAUUUCUUGCCCUCGUGCACAAUUGCUAUACUUGCCAGGAUAACGUUUGAUAAGUUGUCCAACACAUACUUAAACUAUUGCUAAGCACGAUCGGUUUAAUAAAAUGCGCCAAAUUAUGUAUCGUUUAAAUGAAAAAAAAAAACAACACAAUUUUAACGAGCAUACCGAGAGAAUGGAAAGUAUUAUCCAAAACCAACUAAUUAACAUUAUUCAUCAAACACUCGUCUGAAGCAAUUGUUUACACUAAUUAGUACGAACAAAAUGCAAAACACUUAAAAUCCUCCUUACGAUCAAUGAUAAGCACUGUGUUCUGGCAAAUUGUGUUGUAUUGAGCGAAAAAUAAAUCUAAGCACGAAUUGAGAA